CUGACUCGAGAAAAGACAGGAAGCAGACAAUCGCAAUACAAUUGCUUGCAAAAUAUCAAAUGUAUUAACUGCAGCUAAGUCGAUUUAGGCUUUUAUUAUCAUGGAGUCGACCCUGGAGCAACAUCUUGAUGAUACCAUGAAGAAUCCAGCCAUUGUCGGAGUUCUCUGCACGGACCAACAAGGACAUAUUCUAGGCUGUCGUGGCUCUCUGUCUGAUGAGCACGGGGGAGUGGUGUCUGUACUGGUCAGACAGGCAGCCGCUCUCACCAGAGACCCUACAGACAGCCCCACAGUGUGCCUGGAGGCAGAUUUAGGGAAUAUUCUAGUGAGAGCACAUGGAACCAUCACAGUAGCUGUUCAUAAGAUGUCGUCAUGAAGUCGCCUAAUGAAGAUGGAGGAGUGUGUGUGUAAAGCUGUUUGCUCACUAAUGCUAAAUAAUCCCACACAAUACAUGGUGUGGAUCUGGGAGGUUGCAUUCAGGUGUUAGAUAGCUUUUUUUUUUCUCUUCAUCUUCCACUGUCUGUUUGGCCAAGAAUCAUAUUUAAAAGUAGAGUCCAUACUAUUUGAGUUGUGUUUUGUAUAAGUUAAUAGGUCUGAUCAGUUUUUGGGCCAAUAUUUGUUGACCUGGCAAUGACUUUUUGGGACAUUUUAAUCUGCAAUUCAUGUAGAGAUAUUGUAAUAUAUUAAUAUUAAAAGCAAUGUAACAUCAA